CCGAGUCGAAAAUCCGCCAGUCGUGCUGUAUUUUGUGUAAAGGUCCAGAAGAGAAUUCUGUUGCGUCUGCGCACUCCGUUCGACUUCCUCAACAUGGGGUCCGUUUGUCAGUGUCUGUUUCACUUCUGCUGUGGAGACGCCGACGAAGAAGGGACACACCAGAGUCAUCAGCAGCACCGACCUAUUGAAGUUGACCUUUCGCUACCAGCACACAUGACUCGAACUUUGACCGACUCUAACUCUCAGGAAGAUGUUUCCAGAGUACUUGAGGAUACGAAUUCUCGAGGCAACGAUGAUGUUUCGUGCAGCGCUGCCAACACCGUGCAACCACACGAAGUUAGCCUACAUCAAUUCUUCCGUUCUUUAUCGGAUCGCUUCCGUGUACGCUCAUACGAUGCCAUUCGCUCUCGGUCGGAUACGGAUGAAAGACGCGACGGUGUAUUCCGCGAACGUCGACAGCCCGUGAUUCGAAAGUCCCCCCUUCGAAUGGCGUCCAGCUUUGAUUCUUCGAAAGGCACUCCCACCAUUCGUCUGGACGAAAUUGUCUUGCCUGGAUCCGCGUUGCAAAUAGCCAUGGCCAAGGAAAUGGCGCAAAACCUAGAUUCACACGAAGACGAAUGUGUGAUUUGUAUGGAGGGCUUCGACGCGACCAAUCCGCGCAUGCCGACCUUAUGUGGCUGUGGGCCCAACAAUACGUACUUCCACUUGCCCUGUUUGUAUCAGUGGAUUGAACAAUCGCACGAAUGCCCAAGUUGUCGUCAGAAGUUGUCGUGGGAGGAGUUCUAAAGUGAUGAAUAUUU